GGCCAGGCAAUAUCAAUCAUAUUUACUUACUUGCCACGCUUUCGCUGCGCUCAUCGGACAUUUCUACUCUAAUACUGUACCGUCAUAAUCUCAAGGGGAACAUCGUCAAACUUUCAAGUAUUUGAAUAUUUUAUAUCUUUGUCUAUCCAUUCUUUUUCGCUUUCUGACUCUCAUUCAACUUCAACUAGCAGCUAGCUAUCCUUAAACAUACAUCUAAUUCAUGAUACCUCAACCCAAUGUACCAUCAGCUCCGCAACAGCUUGAGUUUGCUCGUUCAAUGACCCAAGAUUCCUUGUCAAUGUAUCUGUUUCAAUCCGGUUGUAUUUAAGCACAAUGCUCUUUCCUUUGAGAGAAUCCAUCUUCAAGCAUGCCUGCCUCAAGAACCCACACAGCAAUAGCCUCGCUCUCACUCAAGUAUUUUGACACCAUCCAGGUUCCUACUCCUGCACCUGGCGAAGGUGAAGUGCUAAUCAAGGUCGCCUAUGCCGCGAUGAUUGCAUUUGAUACUUAUAUCAACGAUCUUGGAUACUCCGCCACUUUUCCGAUGAUUCUUGGUUUCAAUGCUUCUGGAACAGUCGCGGAAGUUGGUAUAGGUAUCGAUGAUCUCCAAAUAGGUGACAGGGUAACUGCGUUUACGUUCCGCAACUCAGAAGCAAAGGGUAUGCAAGAAUAUACUUUGCAAACUAGGUCAGUAAUCGCAAAGAUUCCUGACUCUGUUUCUCUGGAAGCCGCCGCCGCCAUCCCAGAUAAUUUCAUCACAGCGUUCAACUCUUUGUUCAACCCCGAAUAUCUCGGCUUGCCCUACCCAACGUCGUUCCCCGCACCCGAAUCCCCCUCUUUUGCCAAUGUACCCAUUCUUAUUUACGGUGCAGGCUCAACGACGGGCCAUUAUGCCAUUCAACUUUUGCACAGUGCAGGAUAUACAAACGUUCUCGUUACGGCGUCCCCGAAACAUCACGAAUACCUACGGUCCCUCGGUGCAACGCACACUUUCGACUACAACAGUCCUUGUUUGAUUGAGGAUAUAAACUCCGUAGUUACUGCCUCAGAGGGAGGAAAACUAAAAUUCGUGCUUGACUGUAUCACUGCCCAGACGACUAUGGCUGCGAUCUCAAAGGUUGUUAGCACAGAGGGCACGGUAGCAGUUCUUCUGCCUUUAAAGAUUGGUAGUAACGUCCGGAGCGCCGAAAGCGAUACAAUGUGGCUUGAAAUACCAGACUCAUUGAACCCUCUCCCGAAAGGCACCAGGCUAGCAGGAGUCAGGACUUUUUUGUUCGAACAGGUUCCAUACUUGAAGGAUAAUUUAAUGACAAAAAUUCUGCCCACUCUCCUUGAGAAAAAAAUCAUCCAGCCCACAAAAAUCCGCCUCUUGGACGAAUCCUAUGGCUCCCUCAAGGAUCGUGUUGACGUGGGUCUGGAUUUGCUCCGAAAUAAUAAGGUUAGCGGAGAGAAGGUCAUCGUCAAAAUCGCAUAACAAAAUUACGAAUACAUCUGUAGUAUUCUCCCUGCCUAGUCAAUCACAAUCUGCUCUCGCCUUUUCCAUUUAUCAUGUAACGCUUUUUUAAUCUCCUGUCCUAUUGCGAGGGACAACUGCCAAGGAACCGCAU